AAACGACAUUGUUUUUACUAUCCAUCUUAGGACAAAGUCGUGCAUGAACCCGUCCAUGCGCUACGGCGUUACACCGCUCUCGCCCAGCUAUAGCGGUUGCAAACGAUGCUCAUGCGCCACGGGCCAAAAAAUUACGAUAGGUCGAGCCGGGGCCGCUGCUUAAGCACGACGAUGCUGCUCUACCUAUUGCUCGGGCUGCCCCGCAUCAAAGGCGACGACGUCGCCGCCUACGUGGACGCCUUCCCGUCACCAAUACCGCACUGCGACAUGCGCGGCCUGCCCCCGGCGGCCCUCUCGUGCGUCCACCUCGCGCCCGACGGCUCGCUCGUCCACGCGAAGGAUCUGCGGAGCACGGCGGGCUCCGCGAAGCAGAUGCUCAUGGACAUGCAUUUGCGGGGCGUCGUCGGGAAGCUGCGGGCGUCGCACCGGCUGCCGGGCCGCUGGGUGAGUUUCCUGAGCGUGUACACGGCGUCGGGGCCCGCCACAAAACGCAAUUACCCGGUCGUCGGCAUCGGCAAGCGGGACCCCCGGCAGCCGGGUCUAUUGAUGCCGAACCCGUUCUUCGUCGCGCCGGACUGGUGGGACUGGUACUCGCGGCGGACCCAGGCCGUCGCCCGGAAGCGCGAAUUCGAUAAAAGAAGGGACGUGCUGCUGUUCCGGGGCGCGUGCGGGCCCGGCGGCCACGAGCGUUUGAAAUUGAUGCGCCUGGGGACCUUGAACGGCGCCGUCGACGCGGGCUGGACGAGCGUCGACGGCUAUACGGACCUAGAGACCUGCGUCGCGGACCUCUCGAACCAGCUGGGGGCGAAGCGGCGCAAGCGAGACAGCGAGCUCUCGACGCGCGUGCCGAUGGUCAACUACAGCCACUACCGCUACUUGCUGCACAUGCCCGGCAGCGCCACGGGCAGCUACUCGCGCAAUUUACAAUAUCUGUGGUCCCACGGGGCCGUGGUCCUGAUCUGGAGGCACGACGCCCUCGAGUGGUACUACCCGUUUUUGAGGGAUGGUGUUCACUACGUGAGCGUCGACGAGACGGACCUGGAGCGGAAGCUUGUGGAGUUGAGACGCGACCCGGAGCGAAGACGGCGGCUCGUCGCGGGGGGCGCGGCGUUCUUCGAGGCGCACCUCCGGGGCGACCGGCUCGUGGACCGGUGGCGGCGGCUCUUCGACGGGCUCGCCGCGGGGCAAAGCGACACGCCGCCUUUGGUAAGUCAAAGCGCGGCCUGCAGCUGCGACGCCGGCAUGGCGGCCUACGCGAGCUGCGAGAAGUGCGAGAUCACGCGGAAGCGGGGGAACACCGUGGCCAAGUUCCUCGGGCUCAUCCCGAAGCGGCCGCCCGCGGCGCCGGCCGUCGAGCAUCGGGUACACGCGGGCUAGUGCUAACAUAUACACAGUACGCAUGCGAAAACCCGAACCCGAAC